GUUUCUUCGGGUUCAAAAGCUAAUAUACUUAAUCAACAUAAAAGCACUGAAGAACAACCAAUAGCAAGAAAGGUUGUCGCUUCUCGUGCUUUCUGUACAGAGAAAGUUAGCCAUAGAUUAUAUCAAAGUGUAAACAGGGAUAAGGAGAGUGUAAAUUCAUGUCAACUAGUCGUGAAACAAAAUAGAUCUAGUUUUCGCUUAAAAACAGAAGAGUGGGCCAGCAAAAGGAAAGAGGAAAAUAAAGAAGAAGAGAUCAAACAGCUACGGAGAAAUCUCAAUUUCAAAGAAACUCUUAUACCUGCCUUUUACCGUGAACCUGGCCGCCGCUCAGAAAAAAACAAGGAUGGACAGAGCUGGGAGGAAGCAAGAGCAAGAGCUGCAGUCAGAGGCAGAUGGAGGAUGGACAAAAAGAGAGAAAUUCUAGAUGUUCUGAGGGCAAAAAAUGAGCUAGCAAGUAAAACUAAAUCACAAAGCAGGCCUUCAACUGCAGUAGGGGCUAGAGCUACUAGUGCAACUGAGAACACUGUUUUAGAAGUAACUAUUCAUCCUUCAGCAGAGUUAUCAAACAGCAGCGUGCCUUCAGCUGCAACAAGAAAAACGUCCAAACAAACCCAAUCAAAUAGAACAGUAGCUCCAAAGAGAGAGCAAGAGAAAAAACAGGUCGCGAAUUCUCCAAGACCAAGAACAUCAGAUUAUAUCAGGAGGAACAAGGACUUUAAAGCUGAAGACAAAACAAAGGUUCUUGCAUGA